CUCGCCGGCAUCACUUAAUCGAAUCGGCGUGGCGCUUGUUGAGCAGCAACCGGCGUACGCAAGGAGCUUGAGCGUCCUGUGGAGCGCGCGGGAGGUCAGGCCAUGAACUUGGGAGAUGGUUUAAAGCUUGAAACUGAAUUCUUGGAUGGAAAAACCAAGCUAAUAUUGUCUCCAUAUGAACAUAAAUCAAAAAUUUCUGUAAAGGUGGAAUGUGGCAAAAUAAUUGUAGUUAAAUCGGAGCUCCAAUUACUAGGUUUCUGUUUAACGAGGAUUUACUACAGCUGUAAAACUCCCAUGGGAAAUAAGACCAAGAUUGCAAAAUGCCCUUUAAGAACUAAACAAACUGGAUACAUUCUAAAAUCAACACAAAAUACUUGUGUCAGGAGUGAAAAGGUUUUACAAAAGAAGAGAAUUGGUUCAGAAACUUUACUGGCAAAAGGUGAAAAAAAUAGCAUGACUUUUUCACCCACUAAGGAUUUAUGCAAGCAGUAUGCAGACUGUUUUCAUAUCCAGAAGGAAAUUUCACCUGCAACCCCUAAUAUACAGAAGACUAGAAACACCACAAAUACAUUUGUAGUAGCUAAACAGAAGCCUUGCAAAAAGCGCAUCACAGCUGAAACUAUGAAAAGCAGUUUGGUGUGUCUAACACAAGACCAACUACAACAGAUUUUACUGACUAUAAACCAAGGAAAUAAAUCUUUUUCUCUGACUGAGAAGGCAAAGGAAGAAGAAACAAGUCAGUAUAGUCUAAAUUUAAACAAUAUUCCUGAUCAGCCAAAGGACGAGAACAUCAUGGGCUUACUUCAAAAAACUGAGGCUGUUUCAUCUGUUCAGGAUGAAAAAAAACCUGUUUUAAAUAAAAAUCAGGUGACAUCUAAUCAGUAUGAGCAGAAAAUCACCACAGACAAUGUAUGGAAACCAGCUGAUAUAUUCAGUACUCUGGGAGAAAGAGAACGUGAUAGAAGUUUGUUGGAAGCGAAAAAAGCCCAGUGGAAGAAAGAGCUUGACGAACAGGUUGCUUUAAAGAAGAAAGAAAAAGAAGCUUCUGAAAAACGGUACAAUCCUUGUAAAAAAUCUGAAAAUGAUAAAGUAGUAUGGGAAAAUCUUCAAAUUCUUGAUCAGUCAAAGACUUUUCCUAGCUCUUCUAGCAUUCUGUCACAGUCUCCUAGUCAGGUAAUGGUGGUCCAUGCUGAUGGGAACUCACUACCUUGUGCUAGUCAGGUUUUAGAGGAAGCAGUACUGAUGGAGCACCCUCUCAGUGUUAUAAGACAAGAACACCAGAAAAAAUGGAUUGAAGAAUUGAACAAGCAAGUAGAAGAUGAUCAUCAAAAAAAAGCAGAGGAAAAAAUAUCUUCAAAGGGUGAAGAACAUGACAGAUGGGCAAUGCAUUCUGAUUCAUUAAAAAGCUAUCCUGAUUCUCAGUCUCAACUCUCCUCUCGAUCAACACACAAACAACCAGAGUACUUCUGUGUCUCUCCGGACACUCAGGAGUUGGCUGAUAUCAGCAGUCUGUAUACACCUACAACUGGAAGCCAGGUUGAACCUUCAGAGGAGGAGCAUAUAGCAAAACCUGUCAGAGAUGUGGUUGUGGCAUACAGUCAAAAAACGAACUUUCUCCGUUCUAUGACUGCUCUUUUGGACCCAGCUCAGAUUGAGGAACGAGACAGGCGGCGACAAAAACAGUUAGAACAUCAGAAAGCCAUCAUUGCUCAGGUAGAAGAGAAGCGCAGGAAGAAGCAGCUUGAAGAAGAGCAAAGAAAGAAGGAAGAACAAGAAGAGGAGCGUCGCUUAGCACGGGAACGAGAAGAGAUGCAAAAACAGUAUGAAGAAGAUAUACUUAAGCAAAAACAAAAGGAAGAAAUCAUGACUCUUAAGACAAAUGAGCUGUUCCAGACGAUGCAGAGAGCGCAAGAGCUGGCACAGAGACUGAAACAAGAACAGAGAAUCCGAGAAUUGGCUCAAAAGGGACAUGACACUUCCAGAUUGAUUAAAAAUCUUGGUGACAAUUUACUUCUCUUGCCAGUUGAUACAGUACAAGUGGAAUAUAAUGUAUCUACUAACAACAUUCCAAAUUCAAGACAUUGCUUGGAUGAAUUCAGUGGUAAAAUGAAUACAUAUAUCAACUCUAUAGCCUUUCCCAAGAAGGAUACUGGUGUGCAAACAGAUGACUUAAGUACAGGAAUAUUUGCCAAUACAGAAUCACGUUGUGGAUCGGUAAUAGAGAGGGAAAUUAUAAAUUGUUCAUCUCCUGAGAUUCCUGCAGAAUUUAAUGAACAGUUUAACACUAAGAAAAACAAACAAGAACUAGUAAGUUGGGAUAAAGGAGCCAACUUAGAAAAAGAAAAUAGUUGGUAUAAUGAUCAAUGUAAUCAGUUCACAAGGACAGAGAAACAAACAAAGCAUAUGAAGAAAUAUCCUAAAAGGCCUGAUUGGAAUAUAAAUAAGCCACUCAGAAGGUAUAUUCCAGCAUCAGAAAAGUACCCUAAACAGCUUCAAAAACUGAGAGAAGAAAAAAAAGUAAGAAGGCAGAUGGAACUGCUUCAUUUGGUAGAAAGAAAUAAUCCUGGACAUAUCUCUCCGAAUAGAGGCACUUCACCAGAAGUUCUUCAUUCAGCUCAUCAAGAAACUGAGCCAAGGUUUAAGUGGCAGCUCCUCAAAAAGGAAGAAGAGCCCCGGAGGAUUAAUUCUUUCAGCAAGGAAAGAUCUCAGUCACCACCAGUUCCAGCAGUGAAAAACAGAACUCAGCAAACUCAGACACUAAAAAACAGUAAUUUCGCAGGAGAUGGUCAGACAGACUCAUCACCUGGGAUUUCUGAACCACUCUAUUUUAUUCCCUAUGUGCGAACCAAUGAGAUUUAUUACCUUGAUCCAGAUGCACCAUUGUCUAGGCCUUUAACCCAGGAUCCUCAGUACCCAAGUCCACACGACUGUGACCAAGAACAACAGCUGUUUGAGCAACUCAGGGACCCACUUCUUAACCCCAACUUGGUGAAAAACAGGGAUCGACAGCAAGCAAUCCUUAAGGGACUUUCAGAACUGAGACAGGGCCUUCUCCAGAAGCAAAGGGAAUUGGAAACUAAUCUCAUGCCUUUAGCUGCAAAUCAAGAAGAGAAUUUUAGUUCUUUGUUUUAAAUGUAGAAAAUCAAAUCCUUCACAUUUGUGUUUUCCAAAUUAUAAAAUGUGGUUGUUGCUCACUGUAUUUUUCAAAUAGUCUAUUUUUAAAAUGCUUAUUUAAAACUUGUAUAUUACAUAGUAAAAUGCUGUUUGUGUGUAUAUAUACAUUAAAAAAAAAUAAAACAGACACUUUUGUAAAAAGCCUAGUAAAAAAAAAAUUUUUUUUCUUCUGCUAUGUCACAGUCUGGGUAUUUAUCUACUUACCUUAAAGCAGUCUGGAGUUUACAGACAACGUUCUUCCACACCUUUUUGCAUAUAGAUUAUUAAUUGAAAUAUCACAUAUUUGCUCUAUAAAAAAUUUUAAAGGGUAAAUAAAACUCAUCCAAGGUUUUCUGAGGUGCCAAAGGAAAAGGUCUGACAUCCCAAUUUUUGCUAAAAUAGCCUAGACUGAGUUUAGGCUUAUGUGGAAAUUUUUUUUUUCUUUUAAGUCCUUUUUUUAAAGUUUUCAAAAACAUUUACAAGUUAUGAUUAGUAAUGGAAAGGCAGUUAGUAACAUAAGAGGAUUUAAAAUUUACCUCCACCAUGUACUUUUAUUUGUUAGUUUAAAAAAAAAAGUUAGUUUUAGUACAGCACUUAAGUACUUAAGUGCAUUACCAACUCAAAAAUAUACUUCCAUUUUUCUAGCAAUUUAAAAACCCAUAGCAAAGUUGUCAAACUGUUUAAUGCCUUUAACAGACACCUAUCCUUUGAAACAUGAAUCUGAAUUUGGUUAAGUAAAGGACCACACAAGCACUAAAAAUCUUAAUUACUGAAUACUCUCAAAAAAAGGCUGAUCACAAUUCUACCAACAGGCUAUUUUUACAUGGUUAAGCCUAAAGAUAAAAUAAUGCUGCCUGGUAUUAUGUCCUAAGUUCUAUGUACAUAGUUUUAUGAUCUAAAUGAAACUUCAUUGUUCAAUAAAUCUUGAGGUAUUGAG